CAAGCUUCGAAUGCAUGUCUAAUUUUUUCUGUGCCGUUAGAGAAAACGCAAGAAGGAAAAUUAGACGCCGGGAAUCGUAUCUGGGGAAUGCCGGACCAAUCAGAAUGGAGAACAGCCAGAGCCUCCUCAGCUGCGUCGGCGCGGAUUGCAGGUCAAGAAAUCGCAAAAAACCGGAGACGAUGAGAACUCUGGCCCCAUCCGCCCCUCAUUGCGCCCUCCCCUCGCCCGCCUCUCCGCCCCCAUUUCCUCGCUUUCCUCACCGUUUCCCGUCGUUUUCUUCACAUUUUGCCAUCGUAGACCAUGGCUAGCGACGUAGAGAUGGUUAUUCAGCAGCCUGAAGUCAUCGUCGUUGACGAUUCUCGGCCGCCGUCGCCACCUCAUCAGAGCCCUAUUCCCGUCGACGACGACGCAUCUCCCGCCCCUUCCGCUCAACCCUCCGCAUCACCUUCGCUAGAUAAUAGCGCAUCUUACUCGACGGACUCUUUGCAGGUCAUCAACGACGACAGAAUCGCCCCCGCGAAGGAUAAGAAGAAGAUUAAACCAACGACGCUGAAACCCGCGUCAACAGUUGGCGCUAAACCCAAGCCCAAAGCCCGCUCUCCUUCUCCUUCACCACCGCCGCCGCCAAUUCGACCGCCAUUACAGACUAUUCGACUCGAUAUUAAACUUGGGGGACCUGAGAACUAUGAAGUUGAUGUUGCCAGCUUGAGCAAGCAGUCGGGCCAAAGACCAGCCACUCCUGUACCGAUCAAGCCCGACACCUCUGAUGAAAGUCAUAGCGAGGGCGAUGACGAGGGCGAUGGAAAGCCCAAGGAGAAGAAACGGAAACGCAAGAAGAAUGUUGCUUCGGAGUACUACGACGUUACCGAUCCGUUUAUCGACGAUUCCGAGCUAGCGCAAGAGGAACGAACAUUCUUCGCCCAGACAAAGCAACAAGGAUUCUAUGUGUCUAGUGGACAGGUUCAAUUGCUUGAUGUCAAGCCGCCAACACCGAAGAAGCCAAAGUCCAAGAAGAUCAAUAUUCUCAAACCUUCCGCCUCCGUCGCCACAGCGCUCUCCUCUGCUUCUCUUCCCCCUUCGCUUGCACCACUCUCCCUUAACGGCGCGCCACCUUCACGUGCCGGACCGGCCAAACCACCAAGUUCCGUUAUGACAAAGAUGGAGGGUACAAGUUCCUCACCUAUCCCUGUGCAAGAGGUAGACGAGCUCAAGCCGGGAUCAAGUAGUGGUGUGAAGCGGAAAUUCGAGAUUGAAGGGCCUGAGCCGAGCCCUAGCAUCACUUCCGUCAAUGGGACGUCAAAGAAGAAGCGCAAGAUGGUUGAAAUUCGACCAUUCCAUCCUGAGAUCGAAGCUGGCAUCGAACAACUUAGAGAGGCCAUCGCGAAAGAGAACUGGGAAGUCAAGGGCAAGUUCCCUCAGAGUCUCAAGCCUCUCUUGGCGCAAGUCGCGCUCAGAGCGGUUAUUAUGAACGAGUAUGAUGAUAACUUCUUCAACGUCAUGCCCAAAAUUUUCCCAUAUAACAAGUACACCAUGACUAAACUUAUUAAGCGGACGAUCUGGAAAGAACAUGUCAGCCUCCUUCAACAACGCCAGAAUGCGAUGCUAGAAGAACUUCGUGUCAUGGCAGAAGAAGGAUUUCCGAAAGCAAAGGAGGAGUGGGAGAAGAGCGUCGUCGCGUGGGAGAAACGUCAGGAGAAAGCUAAAGCAGAAGUAGCAGGCGCACAUCCUCCCCCCUCAACCGAAGGUACACCGGCACCUUCGGCGCAAGUGACACCGACCUUAGCAGGUGCAGCGUUGCCUGCGCGUGAAGACGGUGGGAACGACACGGGUAUGGAACAUGAUCAUGAAGAUGCUGGUCAGGGUCCUAGUACUGGUGGUGGGAAAGGUGUCACAAAGGACUCACAUCCGCCGGCGAAGAGAUAUAAGUUAACAGACCGGAUGAAGGAGCGGAUAUGGGAUUUGGUGUGCUUGAGUAAUGAGAUGUGCCGGAUCGAGAAUGAGAAGAACAUUUUGGAGGGCUCGAAUGCUGUUGUGAGCGAUCAAGGUGCUCGGAAGGUUCUGUAUCAGAAGAUUGUCUCCGUGUUCCCAGAUGGUUGGUUGACGACCGGUCAGAUUUCUCGUGAUGUGAGCGUGAUCAAGAAGAAGUCUGAGAAGGAGACGGACGAAUAGUUCAUGCCUUGGCGUCCAUUUACGGGUUUCUUAUGGUUCUCGGUUUGUUGCUUGUGCUGCGUUCUUGGUUUGGCUUGGACUUUCGCGUGCCUGAAUGAAGAGUUCAUUAUUCGUACAUUAUUGUGCAUUGUACUUAGUUUCUUUACUGUAGGCCCAUUAUGAUACGAUACGAUUUGUUCUGUCAUAUUUGAUUGCUCAAUGCCGAAGA